GUGUGAAACUGAGCAGUCGGAAUUCAUGGCGAUUCUAAGCUUCCAUGGAGUACAGCUAACCGGCCCUACUCGUGCCGGCCGAUAUCCCCAUCGGCAAGGGAUGAAACCGGUGGGCGUGGUUCGGUGUGGGAUUGCCGAGCCAUCAGGCGAACCGGCUCCCCUGGGACAAAAGACUCGUUACAAUGACGGCAUUUUCGAGAAGGCAUUCAUGACUCUGUUUGCUCGCAAGAUGGAAAAGUUCGCUCCCCGAAAGCCCAGUACUGAUAACAAAAAUAAGAAAGAGUGGGACUAUGACUACGAGUCAUUCGUGGAUGUGUCGAGGCGGGUCAUGCAGGGAAGGUCUCGUCUUCAGCAGCAGCAAGUGGUCAGAGAGGUUCUCUUGUCCAUGCUUCCUCCUGGGCCUGCUCAGUUCAGGAAAUUAUUCCCACCCACUAAGUGGGCUGCGGAGUUCAAUGCUGCUUUGACUGUCCCUUUCUUCCACUGGCUCGUCGGCCCUUCUGAGGUUAUUGAAGUAGAGGUAAAUGGGGUGAAGCAGAAAAGUGGUGUGCAUAUAAAGAAGUGCAGGUACCUAGAGAACAGUGGCUGCGUUGGCAUGUGUGUCAAUAUGUGCAAAAUUCCUACCCGAUUUUUCACUAAUGAGUUUGGACUUCCACUAACAAUGAUCCCUAAUUUUGAAGAUAUGAGUUGUGAGAUGGUGUAUGGCCAAGUUCCACCUCCAUUUGAAGAGGAUCCAGUUUCUAAACAACCCUGUUAUGCUGAAAUCUGCUCUGUGGCAAAUCCAAACUCUCCUCUCUGUCCUAAACUACAAGCAUGAGCACAUAUUCCCAGUUGAGUCAUGCAUCACGAAAUAUCAUAUACAUUGCAACUACAUAUCUGGUUCUUCUUCUUCUUCUUCUUCUCUUUCAAAUAGUUAUUACAGUCACAAAUAGAUGAGCCUUAAUAUUCAGCAUCAUAUAUUGUAAUCAUACUGUAAAGCAUUAUCCACUGGCACAUGUCUGGUCUUUUUUUUGUUUUUUGUUUUUGUUUUAUCCAUUUGUAUAUAUGUAACAUAAAGAGAUAUAUGAGGUUUUGUCACUGUGGUUUAGUGAUGAUGCUUGUCUGCUUCAAGGAACUGAAUUCUGCGUACACAAGUUUUUCUCAUCGUUUAAUAUCUAAUUUACAUGUGAUGGGAUUACA